CUCAAAAUACAUCACAGAAAGGGAGGCAGAAAGAAUCAACAACUGGACAUCCAGGAAAGACACAAACAGCAGACUGGCCAUGAACGUUCCCAUGAGUGAGAAUGUCCUCCAACCAGGACAGCUGAAUGGCUUGGUCCUGCCCUUUCAGCAGCAGAAGACAUUGCUGAUCUUCCUGAAGGGGCAGCCACAGGUCCUGGGGGUGGCUCAGAUUCUCAUUGGGCUGACGACACUGUGCCUGGCAGUCAUGGUGACUCUGAUUACUCAGGAUUUAUUUGACAAUUUAAUUCUGAUUAAAAUAGGAUACCACCCAUGGGAAUCUUUCUCUGGGAUUUUAGUUGGCCUGGCAAUGCUCUCUGGGCUGGAAGCCUCCAUUGCUUUAUCCCUGUCUUUAUUUGGGUGCAGAGCAGCCUGCUCCAUCAACAAGGCAAGUGUCUGGGCAAGUGGAUGAAUUUGCAGUGAAGGACAUCUGGUUACAAAUUCUUGA